CACUCAAAUUUAAAUGGGAAUGAACCUUUAUAAACUCGUCAAAUGAUUAUCCAUUGUUUGAUUUAAAUGAACGACGGAUAGCCAUCUCUCACCACAAUAUUGUGUAUGUUAAAUUAACAAAUGCAAAAUGAUAAAAAAUUAAAACAGUGAUCGGUAGACAAAUAACGCUUAAACAAGAAAUAUGUGUUCAACAGUUUAAAAUGGGAUAAAAUGUAGAUUUAACAUAAAAGAUAUGGGACAGCAAGCAGCAAAACAACCUAUAAGGGUUGUUCUUCCAGCUGAUGAAACAGAUGGUCUCAAUGCUGACGCUGAAGAUGACGAGGAAGAACAUAAUAUUGAUAAGCUCGGCGUGUCUGCAGAGGAGAGUGACUAUCCGGAACCUAGGCCGCCAUUACAAGAACUUCCGGUAAAAAACGAUAUUCAUCUGCCCGGUAAUGUGUCUGGAAAAACAGAACAAAGCAACACCUUAGAUAAAAUCGAGGAGGAAGGUACAAUGUUUAGUACGAAGAGUUUCCCGGAAGAAGAUUAUCAGGUCGAGCUUGUCCCUGUAGGAGCAAGCUUUCAAAAGAGUAUACAAAGACAUGUUGAAGUUAACUCUGAUUUCGAUAGCGUUGAUGAAAGUGGUAAAAAGACUUACCCUGUUGUGAAAACUAUCACUAGAAGUUUGUCUUUACGUGAUUCCCUAAUUGGCUCUGGUCUUAUGACUAGUUCAGGAUUUCAACCAAACAUGUCCAAACGAGAGGCGAUGCUUGCUGAGAGAGAAAGGCACGAAUAUCUUAAUUUAAUUGCAUCAAAAGCAAGCGAAGCUGACACACACAGAGGACAAUUCAGGCGGUUUCACUUGGACUAUCAUGCAAGAAGUACACACACCGUGACCACAGAUAAGUUCCGAAGUGUGGAGGAUCGGGUAGCCGAUGAGAUAGCAGAUAAGCACAGAGACCAUAGAGCAGAGACAUAUGAAUCAUUAGUGAAUGAUUUGACAGCAGAUAUAAAUUCGGAGCGAUUAAAAGUGAAGAUUAUUUUAGCAUGGAUGAGUAAGCAAAGUAUUGGCAGACUUCAAUUUGGUCGAAAACCACCAUCACCAGACACACCAAACGGCUACAUGAUGCUAAUACAGGAAGGACAAGGGACAUUUCCGGUAUUCUUCGCUCUUUUGUGCAGAGCAACAAAUUUGAAAUGUGCUAUUAUCAGUGGGAUAUCUAAAGGGACACAUUACGAAGUCGGAAGUAAAGAUACCGAACUGCUGAGGAAUACCUGGAAUGCUGUGUAUGUUGAGGGGUCAUGGCAACUGGUACAUCCUCUUUGGGUAUGCAAAGGUAUUGCCAAAAGACAACUUAGUGGAUGGAUGAAGAUAGAAGAGGAGGGAAAAGCGAAACGGAAACUCAGUGUUACAACACUAGGACGAGAUAUGCCAUCUUACAAUCCUUAUUACAUAUUUACUAAACCAGAGGAAUUUGUUUACCGAAACUUUCCUGAUGAAGAACGUUGGCAGUUAUUACAGAAUCCAUUAACUCUAGAUAAAUUCUUAGAACAAGCAUACAUACGUCCUAUAUUUUUCAUGAACAACUUUAAACUAAAAAGCGAAGAUAAAUGUACGAUUGCAUCUGAAAACGGAGAGCCUUGUGAGAUAAAAAUAGAUUUUCCAAAGCAAAAAUCUUCAGAUGCAGUUUUUGGAUAUGAUCUGAGCAAGAAAAUUGAUAAUAAAACAAAUGAAAGAAACAGUAUAAACGAAGAUAAGGAUAAUAGUAAAGAAACUGACCAGAAAACUGAUAAGGAUAUCAGUGAAGAAAAUGACCAGAAAACUGAUAAGGAUAUCAGUGAAGAAAAUGACCAGAAAACUGAUAAGGAUAUCAGUGAAGAAAAUGACCAGAAAACUGAUAAGGAUAUCAGUGAAGAAAAUGACCAGAAAACUGAUAAGGAUAUCAGUGAAGAAAAUGACCAGAAAACUAGUGAGGAACAAACAGAUGCCAAACGUUAUGUUAUGGUUAGGAAGUCGGAAGGUUCUGUAACAUUUGAAGUCCGAUUUUUCAGUGCUGGUACCUACAAACUGCGUUUAUAUGGUGGAUAUUUUAAGGAAUUUGGGAACAAACCACCGUGGAUUGUAGAUGUUCUUUUUACAUGUAAUAAUGUAAAGCCCGAACUGCAUCCGCUUCCUUUUGAUCCAGGUCCAGUUGGUUGGGGCCCAGGACCGACUACAGAAAGUUUUGGUUUGUAUGUUCCAUCUCAUGUUGAAAGUGACAUACUCGUUACCGAAGAGGAAGACACUAUUGUAUAUUUUAUAUUACAUCAUAAAGUUAAAGCGAAAGCAUCACUACAUCACUGUAAAAUUGACUCUGACCAACUACAAAAGUUUAUUGAAAUAGAUACGGUUCCAGUUGGAGAUAUUAUAACGCUACAAAUACGACUCAUGCAUCCCGGUGAAGGUGAAUAUGGGCUACAAAUACACGUUAGAAGUCACAGGAUGGAUGUCAAUAUAUGCAAUUACAUUGUACAAACAACGUCAAAGCGACCAUUUGAGACAUUUUACCCUCGAAGAGCAAGACGUAUGAUACUCGAUGCCAUGGAAACUUGCGAUAUUGACUUCUUCAAAGCUGCUCUUGAUGAGUGUCAACGUACUGGCAUACCAGACACGGACCCAGACGUUAAGGGUGCAAGAAACAGAUUUGAGUUUCUUAGUUGUAAAACAGAAUUGUACGUUGCUCUCCUUGUGAACAGAAUUGAUGUAUCUGAGCAUGCUUUGUACCGCACUAGGAAGGCUAACUUAGAUAUACUGUUGGCUAAAGAAAUUAUGAAAGCUGAGGAGCACUUACAAAAGCUGCUUAAGCUGGAUGAAGGUGGGUGGACCUGUGACAUCCCCGAAAUAGAUCGACAAUCACUUGUAGAGCUAAGUGAACUGCGAAAACCAAAGCUUGAAGUUCGACUCGUUAUUACAGCAAUGUACAUGCUGCUAGGCAUCGAAGAGGAAAACCUCAAAGAUUGGAGAAAAGUUAAAAAGUUUCUUAGAAAUCAACAGAGCACUCUCGUCGAGAUUGCGCGACUGGAGAAGUAUCUGAUGCUGAACACAACAAGUGACGUCACUGUGUCUGGAAAUGUAAUUGAUCGUGUGCUUGAAAUACUGGCCAACUACACAGUGGAUAACAUACGGCGUGUAGAUAACACUGCUGCUGCGUAUUUUCAAUGGGUAACUUCUGUUACUGAAAAACUAAAAGAUAACCAGUCAAAACAGAAGAAACUAGAAACGGUAAAAAAUAGUGCUGUAAAAUCAGCUGUAAAGAGUCAAAAGGGCUCAAAUGUGGUUAGCACCAAGGAGAGUGUGAUUCCAAAAAUGACGGACAAAUCAUCUGUAAAAUCGAGCACAGUAGGAAAAACUAACGCGACAGUUAUGUCUAAUAAGCAAAGCGCAAUUACGCGAACAUCAGAAAAUGCUACCAGAUUAUCUCAUCGUAAAGACGAUAGCUCAUCAGAACACAAAUUGUCUUCCAACAAAAGCAUCAUAUCUGAUACCAAAUUAGAAAAUACAGUAAAGAAUAAGAGUUAUGUUUCUGUAAAGUCAAAACAGGGAAGUACUGAAAAUCAUGACAAUAUCUCUCAAACGUUAACAGGAGAUGCUGGUAUCUUAAAAGUGCGCAGUUUAACAAAAGAAUUGAAGUCAAACAAUGCAAAAUCUAUAGAAUCUCCCAUGUCAGGAGAUGAAUUAAAACGUGACAGUGAAAUCUCAUCAAAAGCCAGUCUUGGUAAAAAGUCACAGGCGUCAAAUCGUCCAGAACUGUUGUCCAAAAGGUCAGGAACAUUUGUUCAGGAAUCAGUAAAGAGUGCAGAUCGCAAGACAAUAUCUAGGAAAGAGAGCAAUGUCACAACAAAGUCGGUUAUGAGCAAUACUGCAACAAUUAAUGGUAAAGGUAAAAGUGUGAUAAACGGUUCAUUAAAGGAUGACAUAUCGGGCAAAACGUUCUUCUCUGAUGGUAAAGGAUCAAAGCGGAAUUUAUCGACUGGUCAUUUGUCAAGGCCAGGCUCGAAACGACAAAAUUAAGCUUAUAUUAUCGCAAACAAUCAUUUGGAGUUGAAAAUACAAAAUAAAUCAAGUACAUACACACAUGAAUAUAUACAUUAAUUUUCCUUGUGCAGUAUAUUAGUAACAAAAAUAAGCAUUUGUUAACAUGGCUUUAUUUAUUGUCGCAAAAAGUUAUAAAGUUCAUUAUAUAUCAUAUCCAGUAUAUUGAUAUAGCUGAAGAUUAUUGCUUUUUGUUCUUAAAUCUCAGUUUCCAUUUUCUGUGAAAAUAAAUGAAAACUUUUGACGAGACCAUUUUUAUAUAUGUAUAUGUUCCUUGCAUAUGUUCACUUAACUAUUUGAAAUGUCUUAAUUUAUAAGGAAAGAGACACCAUAUGAUUUUAUUCGUUACGGUUGUGAAAAUUAUGCGACUAUAAACAUUAUUUUCCUGCUGUAUAUUCAUAGAUUUUGAUGUUAAUUUACAAACUUGAACUUUAAUCGGUUGAAAAAAAAAUCAUAGAAAGUGUUUGUUUUACACAAGGGGUCAAAAAUGACAUAAUUUGCGCAGUUUGUACAUAUUGCAUUUUAACUUAUUUAUUUGAACGCAUUUAAUUUAAUAAAA